UUAAGAUUUGGGUCAAAAGCCCCAGAAGCUGAUGCAUUAGGGAGUAAAAGUGGUCCUCCAGCUAGAAUCCAGCUACAUUAGGACAGCCUUUCAAAGCUGUCACGUGAUGUUGCCCCGCCUGACGUGCCUGCCACGUGACCUGGGUCACAUGACCACCCGGCGCCCAUCUCAGAAUCAAGCAUGAGCUUCCAGUCUUGUGUCCCUGCGGACCAUGGGGUCCCUUCCUGGGUCCUGGUCCUGCUGCUGGCGUUGGGACUGUGCAACCUCCAGGCCAGAGGUGACAGAGUUCUAGACCCUGACUUUCGGGAGAACUAUUUCAAGCAGUAUAUGGACCACUUCAACUUUGAGAGUUUCGGCAACAAAACCUUUAGCCAGCGGUACCUGGUGUCAAAUAAGUUCUGGAAGAUGGGCGAGGGGCCCAUUUUCUUCUACGCGGGGAAUGAAGGGGACAUUUGGAACUUCGCUAACAACUCUGGCUUCAUGGUGGAACUGGCGGCCCAGCAGGAGGCCCUGCUUGUCUUUGCUGAGCACCGGUACUACGGGAAAUCGCUUCCAUUUGGCGUGCAGUCCACACAGCGUGGAUAUACGCAGCUGCUGACUGUGGAACAGGCACUGGCGGACUUUGCUGUGCUGCUUCAGGCCCUGCGGCAGGAUCUUGGGGUCCAGGAUGCUCCCAUCAUAGCCUUCGGAGGGAGCUAUGGGGGCAUGCUGAGCGCCUACAUGAGGAUGAAGUACCCCCACCUGGUGGCUGGGGCACUGGCAGCCAGUGCUCCUGUCGUAGCGGUCGCAGGCCUUGGUGACUCCUACCAGUUCUUCCGAGACGUCACAGCGGACUUCUAUGGCCAGAGUCCCAAGUGUGCCCAGGCUGUGCGGGAUGCCUUCCAGCAAAUCAAGGACUUGUUCCUCCAGGGAGCUUAUGACAUCAUCAGGCAAAAUUUUGGUAUCUGUCAGUUGCUUUCCAGCCCCAAAGACCUGACUCAACUCUUUGGGUUUGCCCGGAAUGCAUUUACCAUGCUCGCCAUGAUGGACUACCCGUACCCUACUGACUUCCUUGGGAAACUUCCUGCUAACCCUGUCAAGGUGGGCUGUGAGCGGCUGCUGAGUGAGGGCCAGAGGAUCGUGGGCCUACGAGCACUGACAGGGCUGGUCUACAACUCCUCGGGCACGGAGCCCUGUUUUGACAUCUACCAGCUGUAUCAAAGCUGUGCCGACCCCACUGGCUGUGGCACCGGCUCUGAUGCCAGGGCCUGGGACUACCAGGCCUGUACGGAGAUCAAUCUGACCUUCAACAGCAACAAUGUGACAGACAUGUUCCCUGACAUCCCGUUCUCUGAUGAACAACGCCAGCAAUACUGCCUGGAUACAUGGGGCGUGUGGCCCAGGCCAGACUGGCUGCGGACCAGCUUCUGGGGUGGCGACCUUAAGGCUGCCAGCAACAUCAUCUUCUCCAAUGGUGACUUAGACCCCUGGGCAGGGGGCGGGAUCCAGCGCAACCUGAGUACAUCCAUCAUUGCUGUCACCAUCCACGGGGGAGCACAUCACCUAGACCUCAGGGCAUCUAACUCAGAAGACCCUCCAUCUGUCGUGGAGGUUCGUAAACUGGAAGCUACCCUCAUCCGUGAGUGGGUAGCAGCAGCAGCCAGACUAAAGCAACCAGCAGUGCCCUGGGGGCCUGGGCCUGAGCAGCAGCAGCACUCUUCCAGCUAAGACACAGCAGUUGUGAGCAUUGUGACAGGACAGCUUGUCUCACAUCUCAAGGACUGUCCAGACCCAUGGUGGCCUGCCUACAGUGGACUUCAAGCAAGUGGUACCAAGGCUGGUGGUAGACGGAAAGAACUGAAUAAACAUGGUUGUUAGGCUAGA